CAGGAGCUAGACUUUGAAGCUUUACUCUUAUUUCUUCAUCUUAGCUGUUCAUUUUACUCCAAAACGGUCCUCUAGUGUCCACCAGAACUAAAACAUAAAGAAAUAAACACUCGGGCUAUACUCACACAUUGUGUAAGCGUGCAUAACCCGUCCGCCUGCAGGUGAAGCACCCCUCCGGCUUCAGAUGCAUGGAUGUGUGUUUCGCUGUGGACCGUGCGCGCUCUGCUCUCCGUCCUGUAUGGCAGCGAAUCACCGCAGCAGAAUGGAGACGCUGAGUUUCUGAAAUCACACCGCCGCAUUCGAGGAACUUUUGUUUUUUGCGCUAUUUUCUCUUCUUCUUACUAUCUCACCAACUUUACCGCUCGUAGAUAUUUAAUCGCAAUUAGCCUGAUGGAAGUCGCUCCAACAUUGCUGUUGCUGCUGUGCAGUCUGCGCGUUUCUCUGGCGGCUGAUUGGGAGUUGGUGGACACUAAUUUUACCUACCUCGGUGAUGCAAUCGACUACAAAGAUCCUUGCAAAGCUGCUGCCUUUUGGGGAGACAUCGCCCUUGAUGAAGAGGACCUGCGCAUGUUCAAAGAAGCACAUAUCAGUCCACGCAUCAACCACACAGACUCGGUCAACAGUUCCUCUUCCAAUGAGGGCGUCAGGGCCAAGAGAGCUGCAGACAGACCGAGUCUCCGUCGGAGGAGAGCAGCCACCUCCAGACCCGAGCGAGUGUGGACGGACGGCAUCAUCCCGUAUGUGAUCAGCGGGAAUUUCACUGGCAGUCAGAGAGCUAUUUUCCGUCAGGCCAUGCGUCACUGGGAGAAGCACACUUGUGUAACAUUCACUGAGAGGACGAGUGAAGAAAGCUACAUUGUGUUCACCUACCGACCUUGUGGGUGUUGCUCCUACGUGGGGAGGAGAGGUGGCGGCCCUCAGGCCAUCUCCAUAGGAAAGAACUGUGAUAAGUUUGGCAUUGUGGUGCAUGAACUCGGCCACGUGAUCGGCUUCUGGCACGAACACACACGUCCGGACCGAGACGAGCAUGUAAGCAUCAUCAGAGACAACAUCCAACCAGGACAGGAGUAUAACUUCCUGAAGAUGGAGCCGGGCGAGGUCGACUCACUCGGGGAGGUGUACGACUUUGGCAGCAUCAUGCAUUACGCAAGAAAUACAUUUUCCAGAGGCAUCUUCUUGGACACAAUCUUGCCCCGUUAUGACGUCAAUGGAGCCAGGCCACCUAUUGGACAGAGGACCAGGCUUAGCAAAGGCGACAUUGCGCAAGCCCGCAAACUCUACAAGUGUGCAAGGUGUGGGGACAGCCUGCAGGAAAGUGCUGGAAACUUCUCUUCUCCCGGUUUUCCGAACGGCUACUCAGCUUACGCUCACUGUGUCUGGAGGAUUUCUGUCACUCCUGGAGAGAAGAUUGUUCUGAAUUUCACUUCCAUGGACCUCUUCAGGAGUCACUUGUGUUGGUACGACCACGUGGAGGUCCGAGACGGGUUCUGGAGAAAAGCUCCUCUGAAAGGUCGUUUUUGUGGAGACACACUUCCAGAUUCAAUCAUCUCCACCGACAGUCGACUGUGGAUUGAAUUCAGAAGCAGCAGCAGCUGGGUGGGCAAAGGCUUUUCAGCGGUGUAUGAAGCCAUCUGUGGGGGAGAGGUGAAGCGGGACAGCGGCCAGAUCCAGUCCCCCAACUAUCCCGACGACUACCAGUCCAACAAAAUGUGUGUGUGGAAAAUCACAGUAGCAGAAGGUUUCGAUGUUGGCCUCUCCUUUCAGUCGUUUGAGGUUGAGAGGCACGACAGCUGCGCCUACGACUACGUGGAGGUGAGGGACGGCGGCUCAGAGAGCAGCCCGCUGCUCGGCCGUUUCUGCAGCUACGACAAACCUGCCGACAUCAAAAGCAGUUCCAACCGGCUCUGGCUGAAGUUUGUGUCUGACAGCUCGGUCAACAAAGCCGGGUUUGCGGCCAACUUUUUUAAAGAGAUGGAUGAGUGCUCCGGACCGAACAACGGUCACUGCGAGCAGCGCUGUGUGAACACACUGGGCAGCUACAGAUGUGCAUGUGACCCCGGAUAUGAGCUGGCAGCCGACAGACGCAGCUGUGAGACAGCUGCCUGUGGCGGGUUCAUCACCAAGCUGAAUGGCUCCCUCACCACCCCCGGGUGGCCCAAAGAAUACCCUCCCAACAAGAACUGCGUGUGGCAGCUGGUGGCACCCAUUCAGUAUCGCAUCACUCUGGUGUUUGAUGUGUUCGAGACCGAAGGGAAUGACGUGUGUAAAUAUGAUUAUGUGGAGGUGCGCAGUGGGUUGAGUUCGGACUCGGAGCUUCAUGGGAAGUUCUGUGGAGCGGAGAAGCCCGAGGUCAUCACCUCCCAACAAAACAACAUGAGGAUUGAGUUCAAGUCUGACAACACGGUCUCCAAGAGGGGCUUCAAGGCUCACUUCUUCUCUGAUAUAGACGAGUGCUCCAAAGAAAACGGAGGCUGCCAGCAUGAAUGUGUGAACACCUUCGGGAGCUACAGCUGUCAGUGUCGCAGCGGCUUCAUGCUGCACGAUAAUAAGCACGACUGCAAGGAAGCGGGCUGUGAUCAUGCUGUAAACACGGUGUCAGGCACGAUGAGCAGCCCCAACUGGCCUGAUAAGUAUCCCAGCAAGAAGGCCUGCACCUGGUCUCUGUUCACAACCCCGGGCCAUCGCAUCAAACUUGUUUUCAACGAGAUCGACAUGGAGGCUCAUCUGGAGUGCACUUACGACCACCUGGAGAUCUAUGACGGGCGAGACUCGCGUGCCCAGAGUCUUGGGCGCUUCUGUGGCACCAAAAAGCCUUCUCCAGUCAUCUCCAGCGGCAACAAAAUGUUCCUGCGUUUUUUCUCUGACAACUCAGUGCAGAAGAGAGGCUUUGAGGCUUCAUACAGAGCAGAAUGUGGAGGAAGCCUGAAAGCCGAGGUCAAGACCAAAGAUCUCUACUCUCAUGCUCAGUUUGGAGAUAACAACUACCCGGGCGGCUCCGACUGUCUGUGGGUGGUCUCUGCUGAGAAGGGUUACGGAGUGGAGAUCAUCUUCCAAGUGUUUGAGAUCGAGGAGGAGGCCGACUGUGGGUAUGAUUACGUGGAGCUGUAUGACGGCGCUGACAUCAAGUCUCCGAGGCUGGGACGAUAUUGUGGAUCUGGAGCCCCAGACGAAGUCUACUCAGCCGGGGACGCCAUCGUUUUAAAGUUCCACUCAGACGACAGCAUCAAUAAAAAAGGCUUUCAUGCACGCUACACCAGCACAAAGUUCCAGGACACGUUACACGCAAGCAAGUGACUCUACCCCAAAACCUAAAUGGAGACUUCCCCCCCUAACAUUUGGUCGGACACACCCAUCUCCAGAGGAGGAGUGAAUGCACGGAUUGAUACCGCAAACACCAACCCGCAUACUUUACAUUCACAUCUGUUAGACGGGGUGAAGCCGUGCAGAAGAAUUGCAUCUUUACUCUUCUUUGUUGUUUAGCUAUAUAGGAUGAGAGGCGAGGACUAGUUUGCAGUGAUUAUUUUGAGUAAAUCCAGCGUCUGUAAUGAGCGGGUUACGUCAUAGGGCAGUGUUGAGAUAUCAAAUGUAUAUGUGAUAUAGUUUUCUUGUUGUUUUUUAUCAUAAUGUCACCUUUUACUCUCUGCGGUUAAAAGUUCACUUCUAAUGAAUGUAUUAAUCGUAAUAAUAAUAAGAAUGGAGGACAAAAGCGAUUCAUCAAAGCUCAGUUGUUUUGCUAAAAUCAGACCUGGUGUUUCAUUUAAUACUUUUCAUUUACAUUUUUGAAGAACAUUAACAUUCCCUCACAUUAUAGUUUGAGUAUUUUAAAUUGGGUUUCUGUGCUUUAUAUUCUCUUGCGACACACAGCAGUCCAGUACGUUUCCCUUCUAAAUGCUCAUCAGUCAUUUUUUAUAUACUGACCUUAAACAGAAACUUAACACCUGCUGAAAAUCUUGAUUUUGCUUUAUCCCCAGUGACUUUAUUUCUUAACUGGAUCCAGUGAUGUAGAAGUGUACUCUGGUGGGUGUCAGUACACUGUGACAUCACCGGUGGGUGUGGUUACAGGUGGAUCUUGCAGGGUGUGGUCAUAGGAGCAACUUUAAACCAGAGAGGACAACCGCUGAUUUUCAGCCUGCAUCAAAGGAGGAAAUUCCCUCACAGGACACACACAACAUGACUGGGGUCAAAGAAAGAACAAAGGGAUUAAGUCAGCACAUAUACAAUGGAAUAAGAGCACUUGGGGGAAAAAAGUUUCAAGAAAUGCUUUUAUUAAAAUGUUGGAUCAGUCAGGGUGAAAACAGUUGUUACAGUCAAGGCAUCAAGCACAACAAGUACAAAGUAGAUAUCCAAAACUGAAACCAUUUGUUCACAUGAAAAAGGCUUAUAAGUCUCACUCUCACAAUCGUUCUGCUACCAAAGAAGCUUAACAUCUCCCAAGGUCCCUGAAUGCACCAAAUACAUAAUUUCUAUGAUAUGACACCAUCUGAACAACUAAAGCAUAAUGUACAUUUAUUUAACAAUGAUGAUCACAGUAUAGAGCGAUUAAGAUAUUUUAUUGAAUGUAUUAGUGUAUCAUGCACAAGAAAGAUUAUUGAAUCAUUAAAAAUAAAACAUAUCAGACGGUUUCACUUUCUUCACUGAAGCACAGCUUCUCUGAAAUGAAAUGUGUGCCAGUAGAGCCAGUCUGUGUUACUGUUAC